AUGGCCCCCAUCACCGGAGCUGCGGCUUACAAAAAGAAGGACGGCACUCUUACCAUUUCAAAGGAUCAAAAGUCUAUUGUAUGGCUGCCUCACGGCUCAGACAAGGGACUGACCAUUCAGGUGGCAAAUAUCACAAAUCUUCAACAAACCCCCGAGACUGCAGCAAAGGUGAUGCUGAAGAUUUUCGACAAGUCACCUGAUGCCCCUGAAGCCGUAACCCAUACAUUUCUUUUCAACUCGCCCUCGAAUCCUCGUGCAGAGGCCAAUGCCAUCAAGGAAAUUCUCACUACCUUGAUUGCAGCUCUCAAAGCGGAAGAUGCGAGUAUCCCCAAACCAAAUGGAGGGUCGGCGUCUGGAUCUAUGACUAUGGCCCAUACAAUUGUUUCACAACCAGGCAGUGCAUCGUCUGCAUGGUACGAUGAUGCGCAAUUAAAGGUUGAUUACCAGCUGCAAGAAUCGUUGUUGAAAAAAGACCUGAGUCUUAACCGAACCUACAUGGAAUCAAGGCGGACGAAACCGGAAACGAUCACAGAUUCUCAGUUUAACAGACAGUUCUGGUCCACCCGAUUGAAUCUACUAAGAGCUUUUGCGGUGGAGUCCAACCAGAAAAAAGGGUCUUACAAUGUCUUGUCUGCUGUCAAACCGCGCCAGGUCGAUGGAGAGCUGAAGUUGAACAUCAGUGCUGAGCAAGUCCAGUUGAUCUUCAGUCAGCACCCAUUAGUCAGACGCGUUUACGAUGAGAAUGUACCGAAACUCAAGGAAGCGGAUUUUUGGUCAAGAUUCUUCGUCAGCCGACUGUUCAAGAAGCUCAAGGGGGAAAGGAUCACAGAAGCAGAUGCUACAGACCCGACAUUCGACAGAUACCUGGAUAUCUCUACUGAUGAUGGCUUGGAUAAGAGAUUGCUCUCAACUCAUAUCCCAAACAUCAUCGAUUUGGAGGGAAACGAGGAAAAUCAAGGUGGGAGCAGAAGCGGAAACCGGAAGGAUAUCACCAUGUGGCCUGACGCGAGAACGAAAGUACCAAUCAUCAGAACGCUGAAUAGUCUCAGUGAGAAGAUUAUGUCCCAAGUCGCACCUUCGGAUAUUGAUCCAGCAGCCCCUAUUGGUAUGGACGAGGCGACUUACAACCAAUUGGUACUGCGGGAUUUGCAGGGUGAUCCGGAGGAAAAUCGCAUCAUGCUUAACAUCAAAGAGCAGAGUCGAUUCUUUUCAAGUGAGAAAUCGGAACUUUCAGCUGAGGCUGCUAUGUAUGCCAAGCAGGUUCCUCCGGACAUAUUGUUUGACCUUCAGAUGGAUGUCGACCCUGAAAUGAUGGAUCACGACGCUGCCGGAGGGUUGGACUUGCGGGCUGCAAUAGGAGUGCAAGAAGACAGCGAUAGUGAGGACGAAGACAAGACGAAGGGUCAUGUCGGAAGCAAGGCCAGCAUUGCAGACGCUCAGAGACACAUACUGGAAGGUAUUGUCGCUCGGCGGGCUGCACUUGAAGGCUCAGCCGCACAAUCUCUGUCUGGAUUAUCGCAGCAUAUAUUUGAUAGAUUGGUCCUGACUCAUACAACGACCACCGAGUUUCUCCAUCACUUCUGGCUAGUCUUCUUGUCUGGCGAUGCCGAUAAGGCGAAUGAACUUGCGCAGCACGCCACCAGCUUGGAAAGAGCCAUGGAUCGGAUUAAUGCUGUGGCAGCUGAUGCCGAGAAGGAAAGAGAGGAUGUGAUCCGGAUCAAGAAGGAACAUAUCAAGACGGUGUACGAAAAGACGAAUAAAAGGAUUCAUUGGAAAGCUGAGUCUGUAGGAGGUGGUCAAAAGGUCGUGAUGGAGAUGAUGGACCCGACCAUCAGAACGCUGCAAAAAGCAACAAAAGAAUACAAAAGGGCUCUGGCAGCUGAGGGCAUGGAUAUCUCAUGA